GCCAAACUGACCAGCUGUCGAGGACGACCUGGCUUCAAUGCACCUGACAAACGAUUUCCCAUCCUAUAACCGUAGCUGUCGUAUUCCUAUCCCAGUUGUUCCACGGUCAACUUGCUUUGGUUCGAGAGUAGAUCUUUCGACAUACGUUGUCCCUGGGGUUGUGGGUUCUCGAUUGUGACCGGAAAAUGACGGUACGGGACGAAGAGUCAAAUUCCGCUAUAGGCUCCAGUACCUGUAGCCGUUGCGGCCAGCCAAUUGACGGACAGUUUGUGAGGGCUAUUGGAGGACAUUUUCACUUGGACUGUUUUCGGUGUCAGGACUGCCAACAAGUUGUUGCAGAAAAGUUCUUCCCCCACACAGGGCCGGAUGGACUCACCCAAGUGUUCUGCGAGAAGGACUACUUCCGACGAUUAGACUUGUUGUGCGCAAAGUGUGGAGGAGCGCUUCGCGGGGCUCACAUCAAUGCUCUAAACCGCAAAUAUCAUCUUGAGCAUUUUACCUGCUCAGUUUGUCCUACGGUCUUCAGGCAGCACGACUCGUACUACGAGCAAGAUGGCAAUGUAUAUUGUCAGCUUCAUUAUUCGCAAUUGUUCGCAGCCAAAUGUGGCGGUUGUCGGACGGCUGUCCUGCGAAGUUUUGUGGAAACCAAUAAAGCUGAGUGGACAGAGAAGUGGCACCCGGAGUGCUAUAUGAUAUACAAGCUGUGGAACGUGACGUUGGUAGCAAAUAAGCCUAGUACGUCAACAACACCUGCAUUGUCUAAUGACAAAGAGGGAACAGAUAUUGCGGCGCAACAAGCAAUUGCCGAAAAGGCGGGGCGCAUAUUGCACGUACUUUCCGCGUUCGAGGAGUCGUCAGCAGAAUGCAUCUCAGACAUGCUCAUUCGGUUCUCGCAUGAAGAGUUUCGAGAGGGAGUUUUCCAGGCUGCGACAUUCGUUAGUCACAUUGCCACCCUUUUCGCAGUCAUUGACGACAUAGAAAUGCGGCUUCUUACCUUCCGCGAUGCUACAGGGCUGCAUCAUGCGAAGGAGCCUAAGCAGCUGACCAAGAAAAUUGUGCAUUUCUUCUCGUUAUUGUCAUACGUUCAAGAUAAUGCGGAUACGCGGCAGGAAGCCACAAAAGAGAUGAUAUCUCUGGUGACUAGCCUUGCGCACACCCUGAAGAUUCUCAUUCGUGCUGCAUUGACUGGUGCCCUAAAGCUGGAAAAUGCGCACAACGAGAAGACGGCAGUGGUAACUUUCCUCGACCGCCUAGCAGCAUGUGAAUGGCAGGAUGAUGCACAAGGUAAAACUCUCAGCGAAUGCGGUCCGGAUGCAAACCCGGAUCUGUGCGUGGCUUGCGGGGAACCAGUCGAAGAGGAAUGUUUGAAAUAUGGGUACCGAAGAUGGCAUAGCCGAUGUUUCCGGUGUGCUGCGUGCGAUUUGAACCUGCGCCCCGUGUAUGAGGAGGCAACUUACGAUGCCGUCACGGGAAAGUUCUAUUGUGCGAAUCACGCAUCACCUUCAUCAAGCAGGGGGAUCGAGCGAGUGACCCAGUUGGAACAAUACGUUUUUCUACUACGAUGCGCUCUGAAGCGCUUAUGUAUGCUUCUCCAUAUUCAAAUUGAUUCGGGCUCUCUACAAGGACCAAAUUCCCCUAUCAGCAGUUCGCCAGUAGGACCAGAUGGGCGCAGCAUAGGAGUUUCCAUGCUGAACAACGGACAACCGCCUUUUGCGAACGUCAGUAAUUCCUUACCUCCCUCAGCUGGCUCUAAAAGCUUAUACUUGCCCCCUGCGGGAAGGCAAUCCUCCCUGCGGAAUUCCGGUACAUCCAGCCUCCUGGAUCUAUCUGGUCUGGACCAUUGGGCUGUUCGACAGCUUGCUGCCCAGGCUCUGUAUCCAUUGAUGGGCGAUCAGUUUACAUUAGAUGAAUUGAUGGAUGUCGCCAGUGGUCGAAAGCAGUCAAUGUGGGGACGGAUGGUAGAGGCGAUUCGAAAGCCAUCAAAAUCGAAAGAGGGAACAUUUGGGGUGCCUUUAGAAGUACUCGUGGACAAGUACGGUGUGGCAACUGAAUUAGGACCCCGACCGGGGCAGCUUCAAAUUCCAAUGUUUCUUGAUGCCUGUAUACGAACAUUGCAUAUGUUGGAUCUGGGAGUGGAAGGCAUCUUUCGGAAGAAUGGCAAUAUCAGACAUUUGAAGACAAUAUCAGAUGAAUUAGACAAAGACCCGAGAUCCAUUAACCUGGCGGGAAACCAUCCAGUGCAAAUUGCAGCCUUGUUGAAAAAAUUCUUUCGAGACAUGCCCGAGCCGCUUCUUACCUUCAAACUUCACCGAUUAUUCGUCGCCACUCAGAAGCUUCCAGAUCCUGGACGGCGAAAGCAAGCACUGCAUUACGUAUGCUGCCUUCUUCCAAAGCCGAACCUCGACGUUCUGUCAGUACUGGUAUUCUUUCUGAGGGAGGUAUCAGAGCACCGAGAAUUGAACGAAGACCAUGGAAAUAAGAUGGGACUAGACAACCUGGCUACUGUGAUGACGCCGAAUAUUUUGUAUUCAAAGUCAAAGAAUGCAGUCGAUGAUGAGUCACCGCUCGCCAUUGAAGCCAUUCGGAUGAUCCUGCAGUAUCAGGAUGAGCUGUGGCAGAUGCCUCCUGAUAUCAGUGAGAGGAUGAAAGCUGACAAUGGAUCCCAGCCAAUCAAUAUCCCCACCAGACGAGAUUCGGAAUUGGGCAAGAGAACCGAAUCUCUAUCACACACUCGAAAUGUCGUAGUGACGCCAUCCAAUAUUGGCCAUGGAGACGUUGCGCAUAUCGAAGAUGCUCACCGACGAUGAUAGCUGCCGUUCGCUCAACUGGAAAUCGAAACUCUCCCUCACCCCCACCUUUUACUUCAUCAAACGUUCCACACGCGUACAAUGCCACACCUCCUUCACCCUUUGAAAUCUGUUGCUACUUACAGUCUGGUUUUCGACGAACUCUUUCAACGCGGGUUUCUUUUCUUCGUUAACGUUUUACCUAUGAAACUCCAGAAUACUGUAUAGAGGCGGAACUGGACCGCCACUUCGUUUUUGUUGUCUUCCUUUUUUUUUCUUCGGAGAACUUGCAUAAAUGUUGCAAACAAAGAUUGUUUUACUCUUAAAUA